GGCUGAGCCGGUCUCUCGGGCCUGACAAGUCCUCGUGCUCUUUCUCUGUGGUGAUGACGGUGAAAACCGAGGCUGCUAGGGACACCCUCACUUACUCCAGGAUGAGGGGCAUGGUAGCAAUUCUCAUCGCUUUCAUGAAACAGAGAAGGAUGGGCCUGAACGACUUUAUUCAGAAGAUUGCCAAUAACUCCUAUGCAUGCAAACACCCUGAAGUUCAGUCCAUUUUGAAAAUCUCCCAACCUCAGGAGCCUGAGCUCAUGAAUGCCAACCCUUCUCCUCCACCGAGUCCUUCUCAGCAAAUUAACCUGGGCCCAUCAUCCAACCCUCAUGCUAAACCAUCUGACUUUCACUUCUUGAAAGUGAUCGGGAAGGGCAGUUUUGGAAAGGUUCUCCUGGCAAGACACAAAGCCGAAGAAGCAUUCUAUGCAGUCAAAGUUUUACAAAAGAAAGCGAUCCUGAAAAAGAAGGAGGAAAAGCAUAUUAUGUCGGAGCGGAAUGUUCUCCUGAAGAACGUGAAACACCCUUUCCUGGUGGGCCUUCACUUCUCUUUCCAGACGGCUGACAAACUGUACUUUGUCCUAGACUACAUUAACGGUGGAGAGUUGUUCUACCAUCUCCAGAGGGAGCGAUGCUUCCUGGAACCACGGGCUCGCUUCUAUGCUGCUGAAAUAGCCAGUGCCUUGGGUUACCUGCACUCUCUGAACAUCGUUUAUAGAGACUUAAAGCCAGAGAAUAUUUUGCUGGAUUCACAGGGACACAUUGUCCUUACUGACUUUGGACUCUGCGAGGAGAACAUUGAACACAAUGGCACGACAUCCACCUUCUGCGGCACACCCGAGUAUCUUGCACCUGAGGUACUUCAUAAGCAGCCUUAUGAUAGGACCGUGGACUGGUGGUGUCUGGGGGCCGUCUUAUAUGAGAUGCUCUAUGGCCUGCCUCCAUUUUAUAGCCGAAACACAGCUGAGAUGUACGACAACAUUCUGAACAAACCCCUCCAGUUGAAGCCAAAUAUUACAAAUUCUGCAAGACACGUCCUGGAGGGCCUCCUGCAGAAAGACAGGACAAAGAGGCUUGGUGCCAAGGAUGACUUCAUGGACAUUAAGAAUCACGUCUUCUUCUCCCUAAUUAACUGGGAUGAUCUCAUUAAUAAGAAGAUUACUCCCCCUUUUAACCCAAAUGUGAGUGGACCCAGCGACCUGAGGCACUUUGAUCCCGAGUUUACUGAAGAGCCAGUCCCCAACUCCAUCGGUCGGUCGCCCGACAGUAUCCUCCUCACAGCCAGCGUCAAGGAAGCGGCCGAGGCCUUCCUGGGCUUUUCCUACGCACCUCCCGUGGACUCUUUCCUCUGAAUGGUCUUAGGGUUGGUUGUGAAGGAUUUUACGGGCGUUUUUGAAAUGUUUUAGUUAGCCUUUUGGCAGAGCUGCCAGCUGACAGGACAUCUUAAAAGAGAAUUUGCACAUCCCUGGAAGCUUGCACAUCUUGGCAAUCUUAUUGCACACUGUUUGCUGGAAGCUUUUCGAAGAGCACAUCCUCCUCAGUGAGCUUGUGAGGUUUUCCUUUAUCCUUCCUUCCAAUGUGGUGCUAUCUCUGAAAUGAGCAGUAGAGGGCCGCCCCAGGCAGAUGCAGUGGUCUCAUUCGUAGGAGGACGCUGUUCGGAGAAGGAGCUUCUGAAGGUCUGUCCGGGCCGUGAUAACGCAUCUUAUGAAACGUGCCUUUUCUGAUGAGAUCGUGUUAGCUCCAAAGUUCUUCCUGUUGCCGAGUGUUUCCGUUCUGUUUUUCCUUGUGGACUUUCCUGUGUGAUCAGCCGUAUGAGUGUGGUAUGCUUGCUCACAGAAGGACUCAGUUAUAAGCAUCAAUGUGACACUUGCAGGACACUACAACGUGGGACAUUGUUUGUUUCUUCCAUAUUUGGAAGAUAAAUUUAUGUGUAGGCUGUUUUUUUUUGUAAGAUAUAGUUAAUAACUAAAAUUUAUUGAAAAUGGUCUUGCAAUGACUUGUAUCCAGAUGCUUAAAGAAGCAUUGCUGCUACAAAUAUUUCUAUUUUUAGAAAAGGUUUUUAUGGACCAAUGCCCCAGUUGUCAGUCAGAGCCUGGUGUUUUCAUUGUUUAAAAUAUCACCUGUAAAAUGGGCAUUAUUUAUGUUUUUGGGUUUUUUUGUUUCUUUUUUGCAUUCCUGAUAAUUAUAUGUAUUGUAUAAAGAAAGUCUGUACAUUGGGUUAUAACACUAGUAUAUUUAAACUUACAGGCUUAUUUGUAAUGUAAACCACCAUUUUAAUGUACUGUAAUUAACAUGGUUAUAAUAAUGUACAAUUCUUUCCCACCCUCCCUACCACACACCUUUUUUUGUGUGUGAUAAACCAACUUUGGUUUGCAAUAAAACCUUGAAAAAUAAAAAA